ACCAUGAAGGGAUUAGAUUAAAGGUGGGUGCUUUGUGAUCUUGAAUCUUGAAUCUUGAAUCUUGAAUUUUCAGGACAAGUGAGAAUUCGAGAGAGGGAGAUGGGCGCGAUGAAGGCUGCUGUGGGAGAUGCGGUGGUGACGUUUAUGUGGGUCUUCUGCGCGUCGACGCUGGGACUGAUGACAAGUCUGAUCGCAAAUGUAAUCGGGGUUCAAGGCUUCUGGGCUUCUUUCGGCAUCACCACUGCCCUCGUCUUCUUCCUCGUCUUGGUCUUCAACAUGAUCGGUGACGCCUUGGGUGGGGCCAGCUUCAACCCCACCGGCACUGCCUCUUUCUACGCCGCCGGCGUUGGUGCCGAUACCCUCUUCUCCAUGGCCCUCCGCUUUCCGGCUCAGACUUUGGGUGCUGUGGGUGGCGCUCUGGCUAUUAAGGAGGUCGUUCCCGCUCAGUACAACCACAUGAUUGGAGGCCCUUCCUUGAAAGUUGACUUGCACACCGGGGCCAUUGCCGAGGGGCUCUUGACUUUCCUUAUCACCUUCCUUGUCCUUGUCAUCAUCCUCAAGGGUCCCCGUAGCUCACUCUUGAAAUCAUUGCUUCUUGCAGUGGUUACUGUGGCAUUGGUUGUUGCUGGUUCCGUCUAUACUGGGCCUUCAAUGAAUCCUGCUAAUGCAUUUGGUUGGGCAUAUGUAGACAAUCGACACAACACAUGGGAGCAGUUCUAUGUUUAUUGGAUUUGCCCUUUCAUAGGAGCAAUAUUGGCUUCUUGGGUCUUUCGAGCUCUCUUUCCCCCUCCAACCAAACAGAAGAAAGCUUGAAGAAACUUCAGAUCUUUUUAGAUAAUUUCAUCCAUUAGAUAAAGCUGUAAUGAGGACCGUUUUCUUUUCUUUUUGACAUUAUGAUACUACAUUCAAACAUUGGAUGAAAAAUAAAAUGACCCGCCUAGUCAAGGAGCUGUACUACAGGGGAUGGAUAAUUGUGUUCCAUGGAAUAACGCGUUGAUAUCCAAAUUAAGUUGGUUUGCCUUUG